CGCCGAACAGGAGCCGUGAAGAAGAAGCAGAGCGGCGGGCUGCGGGGCUGAAGUUUGUCCGCCCUGGCUUCCCAUCACGACUCGACGGCUCUUUUGUGUCUGUGGUGAACAAGUAUCGCCGCUUCAAAACUCAGCCGUUGAAAGAAAAAAAACAAAAAGCAAAAACAAAAACGCGUCGGUGACAUUUUUUUUUGGAGCGACACAGUAGAGACCGACGGACGGAGGGAAAGUGCGACUCCGAAGUUGACACUGAGCUACUGUCAUGUUGCUACUUGUUGAAUAGGAGCAACACUGCAGCCUGUGUGGGCAGCAAGCUGGGAACAGGGUCUUCUGUGUCACCAUGAGGCAGUGACAGCACAUGGGCAGCGAUGGCAGAGCUGGAGAUCGACCAGUCCAACCUUCCACGUGUCCAAGAAGUGUGCCAGUGUUUUGCUGUGCUAGAGGAUGGAGCGUUGGCACACAACCUACAGGAACAGGAGAUCGAGCAAUACUAUACCACCAAUAUCCAGAAGAAUCAGCUCGUGCAGAAUGACAUCCGUGUAGCAAAGAAGCUGCAGGAUGAGGAGGAGGAACAGCGGGCCCAGCAGAGUGCUCUCUUCAGACAAGCCUCCAGACAACUAGAGGAGCAGGACUUUGAGUACGCCCGUGUGAUUCAGGAAGAGCUCCAGCGAUGCGCCGAAGAGACCCAGAGGAGAGAGCUGGAUGAUGAGGAAAUAGCCAAGCGGAUGCAGGAAGAAGAGGAGCAGAGGGUCAGGAGGAGGAGCAGGGGGCUGGAGGGCCACAGUGAAGGCAGCACCAGAGACCCUCCACUGCUAUCCUCACACCAGCAUGCACUCAGCAGCCCUCACCAAGGGGAGGAGCAGUACUCAUCUACCACUACCACCAGGUGGCAGUGUUCCACCUCUCAUAACCACUCAGGCUUAAAUGGGCCUCAGACUGACUCCCUCAGGGGGGUAGCAGCCCAGAAAAACACUACUUCAUGGUCAAAUCAAGGACACACAGAUUUCAUUAGGCAAAUCAGGAGUGAACUGAGAGAGCCUUUGAGUGAAAAUUCAGAGGAGUCAGACACAGAUUUCUCUGAAGAGCUCUGUGCCCGGUUCCAGAGAAUGAAUGAAAGACUCAACACAGCACCUACUCGACAGCGGGCAUCUUUACAUCAGCCACAAGAGAGAAAUUACAGAAGUCUUUGCUCUCACAGCAGCUUCCCAAAUGAGUUCAGAGGCUGGAAGGAGGAAAGAGAAGAGAGGGAUGAGGACUAUUACGAAUACUGUGAACAACCGAGGAGGAGACAGAGGAAUCAGGAUCAGGAGAGGAACCACAGAGAGGAGCAUGAGGGUUGGCACAGGACUAGAGAUCUGGAUCCAGACUCUAGGUCAGUUGAGGUUAGAGAAAGGCGAUGUAGUCGGAGUGAAUCUGUCAGGUUACAUGACAGAAGUAGGCACAGCAACAGAGACUUAGCAAGGACCUGGAGCUACAAGGACAACCCUGACAAACACGUCCGUUUUCAGGAAGGCACCAGGAGCUCUUACAGGCAGCAGAGUGAAAGCAGCCAAGUGUGGGAGAUGCUGGGCCAUGUCCUCAGGGAGAGGGGUGUGCCUGUGAGAUUUGGUAGCAGUGGGGCUCCACUGCAAAUAAGGCCUCAAAGCAGAGACAGUCAGGUGCUUCAUGGGAGUGAGGUCUCCUACGGCGACUCCCAACCACAUCAGAGAGCCUUCCAGAGAGCUGCCACCACCAGGCACAGUUUCCAUGGAGAUAUCAGGGAGAGGAGGAGAUUGUCAUACCGAGAGAACGGUGGGAGAGAUCACAGAGAAGACCGAGACAAGCGCCACGAUAAUGGAGAGGUUUAUGAGAUUAGUAGUAGAGACCCAUUUCUUGCUAACAAAGAACGCCGACACAGUGGAAGGUGGACAGAGCACAGACACACUAACAAUGACGAGAGAGGAGAGAGGAGUGCAAAUGAUUGCAGAGUCAGGAGGACAACAAGUGAACGCAGGCAUUGGCACAAGACCGCAGAAGAAAGGUUAAGCUCAGAGGAGGAGCAGGAGGUGCAGAGGAGAGGAGAGCGUCCCCGUCGAAGAGCCCUGCAGCAUAGCCAAAGCUUCAGCAGCAGGGGUUCAACAAGGGAUAGGUCAAUGCACAUGGCAGCAGGAGCAUCGCUGCAACCAGAGCCGAGCGAGACAAGCCUAGAUCUGGGGGAUCUGCAACAGGUCUUACAAGAUGAAGAGCUGGCCCGCAAGCUGCAGGAGGAAGAGGAGAAGCUGUUGAGGAGGAACGGCCAGCCCUCUCCAUGUGUUUAUCCAGAAGGAGACUUCAGAGUAGCACAAGUGGCGCAAGAUGAGGAAAUUGCACAUUUUAUGCAGAAGCAGGAAAUUAAGUCCAAGCGUAGAUCUCGUGAGCUCGAAGGGCCAGCAUCGUGGCGCGAGCACCGAGCGAUGAUCAGUCACCAUGACAGACGAGCUGCAAGAGAGAGACAGGUCCAACGAGAAAGACUUGACUCAGAGGGCCUUCCUUCCCCUACAGAAGAUUGUUCCCCGGACAACCAGCCACCCAGCCCCAUCUCCACUCUACCACAAGCCCAGCAGAUCAGAAACAUCGCAGAGGAGUUGGACCCGACCUUCCAAGCCAGGAGACAAGGCACAGACAGCCUCCGAGUGGGACAAACAGGUCCCUCAUCUCAGUCACUUCCCGUGUCGCAUUCUUGCGUACAUGAUUUCCUCGAGGAGCCUGCUUUUAUCCCACCAACAAAACGGCAUGCUGACAAAUCAGGACGAAGUAAACCCAAAGAGAAAAAGGAGAAUUGCAAGCAACAGUAAUCUCCAACACAGUACUCUGUUGGAGAGCAUAUGCAUUUUAAAACACUUAAUAUCAGUUCAGCAAGAGUUCUCACUGCUUAUUACUUUAAGGUUGAAAAUGACAGGAAUAACAUUCAGCCAGCUGCCCUUACAAGCACUUUAGACCAGUGGAACAAAGAGACAUUUUAGGAUAUUUCUUGAUAAUGACAGCAUUUUGGACUCAUGCCUUUAUGAUUUUUAAAGGGAAGAUUUGCGCUCAUUGAAGUAUUCUUUCAGUUCUUUCUGUAUAGAGUGUUUAAUUUAAUCAAUAUACCUUUUUGUGUUUUUUUUUUUUUUGUUUGUUUUUUUUUUGACAGUAAUUGUAACUUUUAUUUAUCUUUAUUUACAUAGUCAAGCAGUAUACUGUCAGCAUCCAAAAAUGUCUGCACACCACAAGCUGUGCUUAAAUUUUAUUUCUACAACAGUGGAAUUGACCAAGUGAUCUACAGGAUACUACUUUAGAUUCACUUCACAUUUGGUCAAAUCUAGUGUAAUAUUCAAACUUUGAUAUCACCUCUCAGUUGGGGUAAAACCAACAUUUGAAUUUUCCAAGAAGACAAAACAAGAAGUUCUUGUGAUAACUCUUGAAUCUGAACAAAUGGGUGGUUUCCAGGCUACUGGAAGUCAUCCACCUUUUUAGUGUCAGCCAGUUUGGUCAAGUUUGUCAGGGUUCCAAUCAAGUUUGAAGUUUUACAGUGACAAUCAAAUUAACAUAUUUAACCUUUUGUACACCAAACUCCCAUUUGUUAAAGAACCUACAGCACAUUUACUAUGAUGGUAAACUGAUGUCUUGACAUUUGACAGUAUACAUUCGUCCUCAAAUGUAUUCAUACCCUCCCAUUAAAGAAGGAAAUAACAGCUGUCAUUUAAAUAAGUUGAAAUUUACA